AUGAUGUCCAAAGCCGCAUACAUGAUGCAAGACCAACUGCGGAGGAACUACACUCUCAUCACGGACAUUCAUAGUCCCAACAUCUUCAUCGUUCGUGGUUUUUUGCCCUUUCCACAGGGCCUUGCCGCGCUGACGGUUUUGUUUCGUGGCAAAUUGGCUGCCGAUGUCUACAGUCACCCGUACUUCAUUGAAAAGCAGAGUGACCCCUCCCAGCCUUCCCCGCAGCUGCACCUCACUGAGGAAUGCCAGAGUGUGAUGAAAAUCAUCAAGGGGUUGCAUUUCAUGAGGGAUGACAGCAGUAAGCUGGACAACACAAUGGUUUUUGUGACGGACUACAACGUCGAGACCAAAGGGAGGAUGCCCACCUUCAGUAGCGAGGCUGAAGAUGCUGCAGAGAUGGCAGAGCGAGAGCAACGCAUUGGAGAAGACGUUGGGAAAUGGGAGGAGCGCACGUUACGCCACCGGUGGCGAAGGGCGGCGGCAGCUCGACGUCACUGCAGCAGUGGUAACGGUGGCAAUUUCCCUUUUUCCCCAAACUCAGCGUUAAGUUUACACACGCGCCAAAGCCACGUUGUUGAGGAUGAGCAGCAGAGUGCUUUAGAAAAGACACGUAGACUUGUUGAGCGGGAAGGGGCCCACACAGUUCUUUACAAUCCUAUCGCCACCGAUCCCAAAACAUUUAGCGCAACCAUACGGAAACUUAAUGAAGAGGAGCGUGUGGUAAAAACCAUUGUUGUUCCCACGCGGCAAGGAUGGGGAAGUGUGAAUGUGUGGGCCGAGGCGUUUCCGGACGCCGAUAUUCUGUGCAGUGGAGAUGGACUCCAUCAUGGCGCCCUGCAUCAGCCGUCUGCGAAGGAAGAGCGUCGUGUAGGUGGCUGCAUGAAUAUGGGCAAUGGUGUUACAGGGCUUUCUUUUCCAGAGGUGGAAACGAAUGAUUCCUGCAAUGCGGAGGAUUUUAAUGACGCUGCCUCCGCUGCCGCCACAAAUUUAGACAGGGACAACAUGUGCAGGCUUUUUCUCCAGCAUGCUCCCGCUGCCAACUGGCAGGAAGCUGACGACGAAGUGCGUCGCUCGCCUCGUGUUAUUCCGCUUGGUGAAGUGGCACAACACCGGAUCACACCCAAUAUUGAUUUGUUGCGAGUCGCUGGUGAUGAUCAAACAAACGAAUACGUACUUUACGAUUGUGAAAGUGGAGCCCUUGCUUGUACGGAUCUUUUCCACGGGGAGUAUGGCGAUUUUGAUCCUGUGAACACGUGGAUGUGCCGUGUGUGGUUUAAGUUUAUGAAGGGGGGAAAUUACAAGCGUAUUGACUUUGUUCCUCAAUUAAAAUGGCUGCAGGUAAAGCGCCAUGGAAGUUUGGAAUUGCUGCGGGGGACCGUUGAUAUGCUCACCAGGACACGACCCAUUAAUUAUCUGCUUUAUGCUCAUGGGACUCCGCCGCGCAUAGAAGACCCCGCGGACUCGUUACGCUUGCAAUGGGGCAUGCCGCCUUUGGGACCUCGGCAGGAGAAGGACAGGCACAAUGAGGACUGUCGGGAGAAGACACAUGGAUGA